AGUCACUCCGGAGUAUAAAAGGAGGCCAGCUGCGAAGCGGGGGCGUGGCUGCGCCAUUUGUGAAAGUGAGUCUUUACUUCGGUCUCGGCUGCACCUCAACUGGUCAUGGCUUCCAACGAGAGUCCCGAAUCUGUCGCCCAAUCCGUCGCCCAAUCCACCACCGGCCCGGCGGCGGAAAAAGUCGAAGAGAAAGUAACUGAGAAUGUAGCUGAUAGGGUAGCCAGCCUGCCGCUGGUCAGCUCCGCCUACGACAUGGUCUCGGCGGCGUACGCCUCUACAAAAGAGAGCCAUCCCUACAUGAAGUCUGUCUGUGACAUGGCGGAGAAAGGAGUGAAGACUAUUGCUUCGGCGGCGGUGAGCGGCGCCCAACCCAUCCUCAACAAACUGGAGCCACAGAUUUCCACAGCGAAUGAAUACGCCUUGAAAGGCUUGGACAAGCUGGAAGAGAAGCUGCCAAUUCUCCAACAGCCCACAGAUAAGAUCAUUUCGGACACAAAAGACCUGGUGACCGGAGCUAAGGAGGCGGUGAGUUCCACCGUCAGCGGCAUGGUGGACAAAACCAAGGAAGUAGUCCAGGGCGGCGUGGAGAUGACCCGCUCGGCUGUCCAAAGUGGUGUGGAGAUGACCCGCUCGGCGGUUUCCAGCAGUGUCAACACCGUGAUGGAGUCCUCAGUGGGACAGAUGGUGUCCAGCAAUUUGGAAGCUGCCCUUGGAAAAUCUGAAGAGAUCGUGGACCAUUAUCUUCCCAUGACCGAUGAAGAACUGGCCAAGCUGGCUACCUCCGUGGAGGGCUUCGAAAUUGGCACGGUGGAGCAGCAGAAGGAGCAGAAAAGUUACUUUGUGCGCCUGGGGUCCUUGUCCAGCAAACUUCGUCACCGGGCCUUCCAGCACUCCCUGGUUAAGUUGAAAAGGGCCAAGCAGGGAACCCAAGACUCCCUGUCCCAGCUGCACCAGACCAUUGAACUGAUUGAACACGUCAAACAGGGGGUUGAUCAGAAGAUUCAAAGUGGCCAAGAAAAGCUCCACCAGAUGUGGCUUCAGUGGCAUCAAAAACAGGCUCCUGAGGAGACUCAGAAGGAGGCCCCCAAGCCACAGGAGAUCGAGUCCCAAGCUCUGGAGGUCUCCCGCGGACUCACCCAACAGUUGCAGUCAGCUACAACAACACUGGUCUCCAACCUCCAAGGUCUACCAGCCGGCCUCCAAGAGAAAGUGGGUCUCAUCCGCCAGAACGUCGACGAGCUCCGUACCGCCUUCAUGACCGCUGGAUCUUUCCAAGAUCUGCCGGGAUCCAUUCUAGCUCAGAGUCGGGAAAAAGUCGCCAAGGCCCGUCAGUUGACGGAUGAGCUGAUGGAUCACGUGGUCCAAAAUGUCCCUCCUACUUGGCUUGUAGGCCCUUUCUCGCCCUCAGGCAAACCAGAGGGGGAAGAAAUAGAAAUGAAAUAGCAUUUCAAAGAUGUGAGCAAUUCAGAAUAUUGUUAAGUGUAAGGGGUUUUUUUUUGAGGGGGGAGCAAAGGGAAGAAUUAAGCUUGGCUGCAAAUAGUUUAAAUAAAUAUAGAAUUUUUGGUGCAAAAGAUUGCCGGACCAUGCAAAGCCCAGAAGUUUUUUUUGACAGUCUGGUUGCUUUGGUUUUUCUAACACAAUCCAGUGAAAUUUUGGGCUCGAUGGCUUAUUUCGCCCAAUUUAACACGGCUGACUUAGUACUGUAAAUUGGCAAUUGGAGAGGCAUUUUUUUUCCCUCACUAACUCAUCUUUAAAAGCAAAAUUUUUUACAUCGCAGGAUUAGGAGAAUAGAAUCCAUUUUAAAUGGAUAGGGCCAAAAUUAAGAAACGGUUAUCUGUAUUUUUCAUCUGCGCCCAAAUUAUUUUUUUUCAAUCGCAGGGAAGAUUAUUCUUGCAAAGGAAAUCUGGGAGACGAAGAAUUAUUCACGUUUGGUGCAAAAUGCAGCAAAACAACGGGGAAGUUUAACCAAUUACACCCAACUAGUGCCUUUUUCCUCUCAAUUUUUUCUUCCCCCGUGAUAAUUCUCUGGAUUAAUUGGUCUUUCUCUCCCCUCCACCUUUUCUGCUGAGGACAUGGAUUCAGGGUUUUUGCAAAGAGUGACAGAACUGAGAAAGCUGAAAUUGCCAGAAAUGUAAGCGGGAUGAAGAGAUGGAGACAAAGAUUAGGAAAUUAUCUGUUUUCUUUUUAUUCCCGCAUUCCGGUCCUUUUUAUUCAGCCUUUCUUCGGUGCCUGUAGAUUUGAGGUGAGAGGAAGGAAAAUGAGAUUAAACAUUUUUGCAAAGUUUCUUCUGUAUUUGCAAGUGAAGUUAUCUAGGGCAGUGUAGCAUCCUUUGGCUAAAGUUUUUCCCAUCAUUUACAUCACCAGCCUCUAAAGUUGGCAACUUUUAAGACUUGUGGACUUCAACGCCCAGAAUUCCCCAGCCAGCCAUGUAUGGCUGGCUGGGGAAUUCUGGGCGUUGAAGUCCACAAGUUUUAAAAGUUGCCAACUUUGGAGACCCCUGAUUUACAGGGUAGACACCUUCAUCUUUGAAGGAGGGGAACCAAUACAGAUGAUCAAACUUAUUUCAUUUUCAGCUCCUUGCUUGUAAUGGCUUUCAGAAUUUUCCAUGCGCUCUUUGUAUGUUCUGUAAACCGAUUUGCCCUCCAUGCUUCCUAUUGUCAAUUUUAUAACCCGUGCCUUAACUCACAAAAUAAAACUAAUAUCACAUUGCAUUAAAAA